AUGAACACGAUGCUAGUGUUGACGAUCAUCGCCGGUGUCAUUCUGCUGGGGGCCGUGCUGGCCGAGAACCGGGUUGUCGACGGUCAGUUUGCCGAGAAGGGACAAUUUCCGUACCAAGUGGCGUUGGUACGGCAGGGCAAACUACACUGCGGUGCCGUCCUGGUACAUGAGAAAUUUGUUCUAACAGCGGCCCAUUGCUUCUUCCAGGGUGAUCAACCCCUCCCGGAGAAAACGCUACAUGUCUUCUUCGGCAGUGAACGCCUCUUGGUGAACGGCCAAUUUCGACAGGCACGAACCGUCCACGUUCACGAAAAAUUCGACCACACCAGCAACAAAUAUGACCUUGCCCUGGUCGAAUUGAACAAACCUGUAACGUUUAGCGAAACGGUCCGCGGAGUAUCCGUCGAAAAUGUGGCCUUCCUCGAAAACCAGCAAGCGACCUUUAGCGGUUGGGGUCGAUCAGGUGAGCAGCAAAACACCAACUAUAAGCUGAAAUACAACACACUGACUUCGUUGAGUGCUGCCGAUUGUGCAACUGCACUGGGUGAUGCGUACUACGAAGGUGCACUUUGUUUCCACAAUGAACAACAGCACAGUGGCGUUUGCUUUGGCGAUUACGGAGGUCCGGUUGUGCACAAUGGAACCCUGGUUGGUGUUGCCAGCUACACAGUGGGAGGUACUUGUGGAGGAGACAAACCUGACGUGUUCGUUGACGUCAGCUACUUCUACGAGUGGGUUCAGGAAAAGUUCGGAGGGGAAAAUAAUUAA